AUGCUGUUUUACUUAAUUCUGGUAUUGGUUGCAACGGUUGAUGCGACCCGUGUGCUGGACAAACACCACCUAGAUGCUCCCACGGCGGAUUCACUAGGGUGCAGUGUCCCAGGAAAACAGAACUUGUCAAAAGCUGGAAGGGCUGUCUACUUCUUGACCAAUAGCGAGGUGAAUUCUGUGGCUUGCAUACCUAUCGCUUCCGAUGGCACCCUUUUCGAAGGCAGCUCAACAAUUACCGGUGGCAACGGGUCCAGCAGCAUUAGCAGUGAAACGGGCCUUGCUGCUGGCCCUGAUGCUCUGAGCUCACAAGGUGCUUUGACUAUAUGUGGCAACGAUGAUCCAACAAACCUAGUCCUUCUAGGAGAGCCGGCAACAAUUCCUGGUGACUUUCCGAACACUAUUGCGGCUUCCUUGAAAAACAAUUUAGUAUGCGUUGGCACGACAGGUGCUAGAGCGGGCAUUUCCUGCGCAUCGUUCUCUGGAACUGGAUUAAGCGAGUUCGACCAGCUACGACCACUCAAUUUACACCAGACAACACCACCUAUUGGGACUUUCAACACGAUCUCGCAAACCUUCUUUUCUGAAGAUGAGACGAGACUGUUUGUUACUGUGAAAGGCAAUCCUACUCAGAAUACGACUGGUUUUUUUUCGGUAUUUCCUAUCAUGGAAACCAGCGGAAAAUCCCGUGCCCUUGCUUUAAGGGAUUUCCAAAGCUCACCAAACGGAACAGCUGUUCUUUUUGGCUCUGUGCAAAUCCCUGGAACAUCCAGGAUAUUUGUGACGGAUGCCGCUUUUGGCGGUGCGGUGCUGACUCUCGAUUCAGCCGGGAAUCAUGUUUCACUUUUAGCUAAGCAACAAAUUGAUGGGCAACAAGCCACAUGCUGGGCGGCGUUCUCCAAGGAACAGGGAACUGUGUUUGUGACGGAUGUCGGUGUCAAUCGUCUUAUUGAAAUGAGUAGUGUCAAUGCGGAAGUUAUCUCAACGGUUGAUCUCACCAACGGUGAUCCUGGUCUCAUCGACCUCCAAGCUGUUGGGGAAUUUGUCUAUGCACUCUCACCUGGAAAUGGCACUACGGAACCUGCGAUUACAGUGAUCGACAUUCACCGCAAACAGCAAAUCCAGCACUUUCAAGUGAGCCACCUUGGUGCUAGCAAGAGCUCUCAGGGGCUGGCUAUCUUCGAGUGA